CUGUCAAAUCAAAUUGCAAACCUCACCACGCGCUAUGUUGGCAAAUCUGUGAGGAAAAUGUGAGAUUUUCCUCAAUUUCCGAGUUGAUUUGUGUGUUUAGAUCCCUGUUGAGUUGCUGCACGAGUCGCAAUGAGUACGAUUGUGGAGAAAAUCGCCGCCAUCGAGGCGGAGAUGGCCAGGACGCAGAAGAACAAGGCCACGGCGGGGCACUUGGGCUUGCUGAAGGCUCGCCUGGCCAAGCUGCGUCGGGAACUGAUCACGCCAAAGGGCGGCGGCGGCGCUGGCGAGCAGGGCUUCGAGGUGGCCAAGACUGGAGAUUCUCGGGUGGGAUUUGUGGGCUUCCCGUCCGUCGGGAAGUCCACUUUGCUGUCCAACCUGGCCGGCGUGUACUCCGAGGUGGCGGCCUAUGAGUUCACGACGCUCACCACUGUGCCGGGAUGCAUAAAAUACAAGGGCGCCAAAAUUCAGCUGCUCGAUCUCCCGGGGAUCAUCGAGGGUGCCAAGGAUGGCAAGGGUCGCGGUCGCCAGGUGAUCGCCGUGGCGCGGACGUGCAACCUCAUCUUCAUGGUGCUGGACGUGCUGAAGCCGCUGCACCACAAGAAGCUGCUCGAGCACGAGUUGGAGGGCUUUGGCAUCCGGCUGAACAAGCAGCCGCCCAACAUCCACUUCCGCAAGAAGGACAAGGGCGGCAUCAACCUCAACGCCACCGUGGCGCAGUCGGAACUCGAUCUGGACACCGUGAAGACCAUCCUGUCGGAGUACAAGAUCCACAACGCCGACAUCACGCUGCGCUACGACGCCACGAGUGACGACCUGAUCGACGUGAUCGAGGGCAACCGCAUCUACAUCCCGUGCAUCUACCUGCUGAACAAGAUCGACCAGAUCAGCAUCGAGGAGCUGGACGUGAUCUACAAGAUCCCGCACUGCGUGCCCAUUUCCGCGCACCACCGCUGGAACUUCGACGAUCUGCUGGAGCUCAUGUGGGAGUACCUGAAGCUCAUCAGGAUCUACACGAAGCCCAAGGGACAGCUGCCGGACUACAGCUCGCCCGUGGUGCUGCACUCCGAGCGCACGUCCGUCGAGGACUUCUGCAACAAACUCCACCGCUCGAUCGCCAAGGAGUUCAAGUAUGCUCUCGUGUGGGGAUCUUCGGUGAAGCAUCAGCCGCAGAAGGUGGGCAUUGACCACAUUCUGAACGAUGAGGAUGUCGUGCAGAUUGUCAAGAAGAUCUAACAAUAAAGGCAAAAGAAUCAAUUGA